AUGGCUAAUACUCAACCGCCACUGGAGCACCCAGACUCCAUCAGUUCGCAGGAUCCUAAUUUGCAACCAGAGGAAAAGAAGAAGAGCAGGAGACCUGCGAAUACCGCAUUCCGCCAACAACGAUUGAAAGCAUGGCAACCUAUUCUCACCCCAAAGACCGUUCUCCCGCUAUUCUUCAUAAUCGGAAUUAUAUUUGCGCCUAUUGGAGGAGGAUUGCUAUAUGCUAGCGCAGUGGUGCAAGAAAUUAUCCUUGACUACUCGCGAUGCCAUCUAGAUGCUCCCGACUGGCCAAUCGACAAUGUCGAAGUCCCUCACUACGAAAUGCACUUCGCCGAGAAUAAAAGCUCUACCGUGAAAGCAAAGAUGCCAACGUGGUCGAGGCGGCGUGUCCCAAUCAAAUUCGGCGAUAGACAAAUGGAGACCUGGCAGUGCCAACUCAACUUCUCUAUCCCUAAUAAUAUGGAGCCACCGGUCUACUUCUACUACCGCCUUACAAACUUCUAUCAGAACCAUCGACGCUAUGCUAAAUCGUUCAAUACUGACCAGCUUUCUGGCAAAGCCGUCUCAGCAAGCGCAAUCCACGGCAGUGACUGCACACCGCUCACAACUACGACGGUGGACAAUGUAACCAAGCCAUACUACCCUUGCGGAUUGGCAGCGAAUUCCAUGUUCAACGACACAUUUUAUAGCCCGACAUUUUUGACUCCAACCGAUCAAAAUGUUCCAAACACAACGUAUCCCAUGACCCAAAAGGGUAUUGCGUGGAGUAGUGACAGGGAGCUCUAUGGAAAGUCAGAAUACGAUUUGUUCAAAGAUGUAGCAGUGCCGCCUAAUUGGGAAGACCGAUAUGGCAAAGCGUAUACACCGGACAACUACCCCAAGCUCGAGGAUUGGGAAGCAUUCCAUGUCUGGAUGCGCCUCGCAGGUUUGCCAACAUUCAGCAAGCUAGCGCAGAAGAACGAGAACAUGACUAUGCAAAUCGGGUCGUACUCAGUAAAUGUUGACCACUUUUUCAACGUCAUCGAUUACGGCGGAACCAAGGCCAUUAUCAUCAGCACCGGCACCGUCAUGGGCGGCAAGAACCCAUUCCUUGGAAUUGCUUACGUCGUCGUCGGAGGUAUCUGCAUCGUCCUCGGCGCACUCUUCACAGUAACGCACUUGAUCAAACCUCGUAAAUUGGGCGAUCACACAUACCUAAGCUGGAACAACGAGAAUACCCAUGCGAACGCCACAACAAGCGGACGAGACGGUGUAUUUGGUGGGGAGAGGGGAGGAUAA